GCCAUGUUAUUUCUUGACGUUAAUCAGUCAUAUUAGCUUUAUUUUUUGGUCCAAACAGUCUUAUUAAAUCUAGUGUAUGAGUUUAGUAUUUAUCCGUUAAUCAGUAGUACUUUUCGUAAAAUACAUGAUAAUCGAGUCUCUCUGUAUUUGUUUAUUUAUCACCUUUGGUUUUUAGGAUUUUGGUUCCUGAAAUUUGUUUUGGGUUUCUCGUUUUCUUGUAUAACGUGUCAAGUUUCUAAAAACCCAAGAGUUUUGUGACAAGUUUCUACAAAUCCAACAAUUUUGUUUCCUAAUCCUGUAUAAACACUUUGGGAUUGUGAAAAGGUAAGACUCUGAAGCAAUCUUCUAGACUAUAGUAUUAUACUUUUUAACGCAUUUUAUUAAUGAUAAAUUUAAAUGUUUUUGGGCUUCAUAAAUUAUACCAUCUUUUAGUAAUAGUUUUUUCUACAAGUCUUCUUAAUUACAAUGUAACCAUCAUCCACGCAUUUCAUUACUAAUAAGUAAUAACACAAUACAUAAGAACCAUGAUAAUGAAUCAUAUAAUAGUAUAAUGACGACAAAAAAUAUAAGUAUAUUUUAUUUUUGUAAAAUGUAACAAUAAAUAUCAUAGUACAAGAACCACGUAUGAAUCACUAACACCUUUAAUCGCAAUUUUUUGGUCGGCUAGAAUUUAAAAUGCUAAAAGUCACUUACUUCUAUGUAAAACUAUCUACUGGGAAAAAAACCAUUAUAAACGAAAAAUAAAUAAAAGAAGAGUAAAGCAGAGAGAAUCCCACACUUCGCUUCUUUGUCAAGCAACCCACCAAAACCUCUCAAUUUCAUUCUUCUUCCUUCUCCUCAAGCAAAGUCAUAUCAGCUCACCAACAAUGUCAAAUUCUAUUCACCGGAGAAGAGCUCCUACUCCGGUCGGAAACGGAGGUAGGAGCCUCAGGACAAGACGCACGGCCUCCCGAUGCGUUGAUCGCUCGAAGAAUACUAAUCACGUUUUCGACCGAAGUUUCUCAGAGUCGAAUCUUAAUCGUCGCCGUGAAGAAGACGGUAGCUGCAUGCGGCGACCAUCGCCAGUGAUGAGCGGUUCCCCGACAGAAGAAUCAGUCCCGGUCGUCUACUUGCCUAGGAUUCGCUCUGAGGUUUUCGCUUCUUCUCCGUCCUUGUUAGGUUUCUCUUCACCGUCGUCUCCUUUUCAGACCAAUCAAGAGGUUAAUAAAGGAGAAGCAAGAAAGGUGGUAAUCAACGUAGCGGUAGAAGGAAGUCCUGGACCUAUAAGAACAAUGGUUAAAUUGAGUUGCAACGUCGAAGAAACUAUUAAACUCGUCUUGGUGAAUUAUCGCAAAGAAGGAAGAACACCAAAACUCGAUGAAGGUGCUGUCUUUGAAUUGCAUCAUUCUCAUUUCAGCAUCCAGUGUUUGGAUAAAAGAGAAAUAAUUGGAGAGGUAGGAAGUAGAAGCUUCUACCUUAGAAAGAGAGCUCAUGAAACCGGAGCUUCUUUCCCUGGGAUCUCUCCGGUGAGAACGAGUCUUAUUCCAUCCUCUAACUUGAUUGAAUCGUGCAUAGCUCAGUUUAUUGGGAAAAUCUUGAGGAGAACGAGAAAGUUAUGGAACAUAUUGGUAUGUACGCAGUGAGAUUUAACCCAAUACUACACUUACUUCUGAGCGUGGCACAUAAUAUUUUAGUUUGUGUUGCUCUCUCAAUGAUCUCAUAGAAACAGUUUAUUAUUCAUAGAUCGUUACAUAUGUAUUUGUAAAUAAAUGGUAUUUGAUUUGUAACUCAAACUCUAUACAAUCUAGUGAACAAUAUAAUAACCAGUAUAUUAG